AUGGGUCGCCUGCCGUAUGCGCAGGAACUUGCGCCCAAACCCAUUGCACCUACCAGUUCUGACCAACGCGUCCCAAACCAAGACAGCCAGAACGAGAAGCUGACGCGACCUCGUACGAAGCAUCAGCAUAUGGCAGCCUGGGAGAAAAAAGUCAAGCACUUGUUCGAAACCAAACACAACACAGAGCAGUUCGGCCCUUGGGAUCCGUACUCUCGCCUGAAGGGAAAGGGAGCUGUCAGGAACGAAGAUGUAAAAAGAUUUUUCAAUGGCUUCGACAUCCCUAUGGGCAAUGACAAGCUGGUUUAUCGCCAGAGGUUCGCAAGCUGGGCAAUUGGUGAAGCUCUGAAAGACUACCUUCCUGGUCACUUCAACCUGUGUGGUGAAGUGAUUCAGAAUGAAAAGGUAACCUACCAUGUUGGCCACAACAACAAGGAAUUGCCCAAGAAUGUUGUAGAUGUCAUUCGUGCAGAUGGUCAAUAUGACAUUGACGCCGAGGACCCCAUUCCUCCAAGCAAGAAGAACGAUGACUUGGAGAUUUCUCAAAGCGUUAGUGGCGCAGCUCAAGCCUUGAUCUCCGGGUCACGUAAUAGCUUGGGUCCUCCCAUUCAACCCUGUGCCACUUAUCUCCAGAUGGACAAGGUUGGAACCUAUGGUCGAAAAAAGCUAGGCCUGUGGAACUCUCCAUUGUUUCCUGAGGUCAAGGUCAAAAAUGACGAUGACGACGAAGAGGAACAACUUUCACACCGCAGAGGCCAAGGGCGUUAUAGAAAGGGCAUGGCCAAGGCCAAAUCUGCAAAAAAGCCAUCCAAAGGAUUCCUCGACAGUCAAAUUACAGGUAUCGUUUGGAUCCUAUCCCGACUUCUUGGAGAGCUUCCUAAACUGCGCGACAAAGAGACCCUGGAGCAGGCUGAAAUUCGUCGAAAACUUCGAGGGCCAAAGUAUGGAGGAGCUCUGCUUGCAGAUUCCAUGGGCCUUGGGAAAACCUUGACUGCUAUUGCCACAAUUGAGCUUAUGGCUAGGCGUGGGCUAAACGUGGAGAUUAACCCGAUCACCGGUAGAAAGAUGCAUUGUCCAAUCCUGAUUCUGUGCCCGACUGUCACAGUUGCAGCACAAUGGGUUGAGGAAAUUUUACAGAGUACAUGCCCCGAGUCCGUAAGCGAUAUUCUUGUCGGCGGAGCAAGUAGCAACGAAUUUCCGCAUGGUUAUAGAGUUCACCAUUUGUCAGACACAGCAUUUAAUGUGUGUCCGGAGGAGGGUACAUUCAACUCAUGGCCCAUUUCACACAGCUAUGUGUGGGAUAUGGACGUUGCCAGAGCUUCAAAAACAGUCAUUAUUCUGCCGAUACACACAUGGGCGUUACGUACAUGCUACCGCGACGAGGACUCCGAAGAACCCAGCUGGCGCUCACUCUUUACCGACAAUGAGUGCUACUUCUCUAUUGUCUGUGUUGACGAAGCACACAAGGUCAAAAAUGCAUCUACAAAGCUCUUUCGGAGCGUCAGUCUACUUCUAAGACAAUACACACUGCUUAUCACCGCCACACCAUGCUUGAAUACCUUGACGGACUUGCUGGGUCCAGCAAUGCUGCUCUGGGAUACUGCAGAAGAUAAUAUUGAAAGAACGGCUGGACUUUGGGAUCGCAUUGAAGGUAUCACUGACAUAACGGAACUAGAUGAUCUAGAAGGCCUCGAGCCUCACGACGCUCUUCGGUUGGCGGCAGGCCGGCCUAGCCUCCUAUCAAGGCUUAUUUGCAAAGACAGAAGGGGCAAUGGUCAAGAUAUCGCAAGUACGAGGAAAUAUCUUCGGUAUUUUGAGUCACUGGCAAUGCUCAAGCGUGGGCCUUCUUCCAUCAUCUUCGAAGACUUUAAUAAGUCUAAACCUCUUUCACUGGAAGGACUUUUCCCUGUUGUCGAUAAUUGGACUGUCGAUAUCGACGUUGACCAGGAGUCAGCUUCGCAGUACCAAUUUGUUCACCUCCACUUGCUCCUCGACUACUUCAAGCUCCUAAAUAACUGGACAGACGCGAUGAAAAACAACAAGGGUAGUGGUAUAGACCCAAACUAUGAAUCUCUGACUGCCUUGCAUCGCCAAUGGCAGAUUGCUUCAUCGUCUAUGGAUGUGUGGAGAAUCGACACACUAUUCAGUGAAUUUAGCGACGAUCAUGGCGAACCGUAUGGCACAAUGGCGUCGCACAUAUGGGAGAUGCGCCGGGCUGGCGUGACUUUCCGGGAGCUUGCCAAAUUCCUACUUGGACCCGGAGAAUCUACACCAAAGACAGCAUUAGACUAUCUGAAGAUAGCAGUCCGGGGCUCACCCAUUCUACGCUACAUUUUACAUGACCUAAAAGAGAACGUUUUACCAAUAAAAGGCAAUAGUAUAAAGAAGUUGCUGAUCACAGAAGCUAUUCCAAUUACUGCAUACUAUAUCGAGCUAGUUCUGCAGUUCAUUGGUAUCAAUGCUCGCGUCCUCCAUGCCAAACUUAAAGAAGCGGAGCGGAAGGAGCUUGUUGCAUCGUUCAACGAUAGUUCAUGGGGCUCGGUCCAGGUUCUCAUCCAGAUGUACACAGUUGGGGUUGCAGGAACAAACCUGCACAAGAGUUGCUCACGCGUCAUUGUGGCUUCACAAGCUCGUAGCUUGCCUGUUCAGUCACAAGCUGUUCAUAGAGUCAUCCGCGUGGGCCAAACUCAAGAUGUACAAGUUUUUCGCUUGAAGGUCACCAACUCGUAUCAUGCUUUCCUCGAGAGCCGACAGAUCGAAAAAAUCCUUCCAGAACUGUCAGCUCGGGCCCAGGGCGAAAUGAAUACCAUUUUGGUACAGCUUCUGAAUAUUUUUCAGCGCGAAGUUGACGAGGCCUGGAACAGCGAUGAGGGACAGAAGCUGAUAGCAGAAAAGAACCUGAUAAUAUCGCAACCGAUCCUUGAGCCUAUAUUCUCGGCAGACACUGCAUUGACCGGGCAGCCAGCUUCUGCUGUUGUUGACUCUAAACGGGAGGCAGCAAUCACUGCUGUUAAUAAAUCCAAGGACUUCAUGUCUUUAUAUCAAAAAGAGGAGGAUCCUCUCUUUGUUGCACAAGGAGACGUUAUUGAGAUGGUGAAUUCAACGAGAAAUGCGGAUAAGCCAAAACCUAAUAUGCAUGUGGACAAGAAGCGCAAACUCGACAUGGCUAAUGGACUACUAUCAACCAUGCCACGUUAUCCCAAUUUAUCUUAUGAUAUUCCAAUGGUUUCUACAUCCAAGGUUGAACGAGACGAGGGUGCACACGAAAACUUGGAGGAGAUACAGGAAGAAUAUGGGGAAGACGAAGACGAAGACGAAGAGGACGCGAAUACAUCCGAUACUUCAAGUGUCACGUCAAUAAGCAUCACGUCGGCGACCGGCUCCCAAAAGAGGCCUCGCGAGAUACCAGGUUUUGAGGGCUGGUUCAGAGAUGAUAUUGAAGACGUUACUGAAUUAGAGGCCUUUUUGGCUCUCAAACCUCGCCGAGAGUACUACGAAGAGUUCAAGAGGCUGCCCAAGACUAAAAAGCACUUUGAUCACCGCAAGAAUCAGCUUCGGCGACUGCUGUCUUUCCGCCAUACUGAAGCAGAUGGGCACACAUCAAAGCCUUGGAAUGAAGAGGAUCUUAACAAUGUGGCUGUACUUGAGCGAGGAUUAGAACUCAUGCUAAGAGUUCGUCAUGGAGCCAACCAUAUCGACAUGCUGCCAUUCCCGCAUAUCAACUUCUCCGACAUUGACCCUGCUAAACUUAUACCUCUUCAGCAUGAGCUCGCCAAGCUUACAAGCACAGAUCACGAAGUUGAGGCAUUGUGUGUUCAAAAUGGAUCUAGAAGAGUUAAAGGGGAUUUCAAGGAAUUGGUCAAGGGCAUCGAUACUAGUAAGUCUCUGAGUGAGAUCGACAAGCAAUUUGCAGAUGGGGUGAACCAUGGCAGCAAUCCUCAAAAGAAGCCCCAUCAGAGGCUUGGAAAUAAUGUUGAACAGCCCUCUGCUACUGGAGCCACAGUAGAGGAGCAAGACGACGGUGGCGAUCAUGUCGAGGUAGAAGACCCCUGUUUUUAUGAUAUUGCACAGGAUGAUAUGUCCAUCUCACACUUGAAGGACGCAGGUACAUUGGGUCGUACUGAGAACAAAGUUGAGGCUUUCGUACACCAAGAUGUCGAUAUGACGGACGCAACUCUCUCAAAGAUGGACGACAGUAAGGACGAGGUUAAGAAGUUGUGGAGCUGCGCGACAAACGAUGCAUCAAACAGUUCUGGCGAUAACAACGACCCUAGCACGGAAAGCCAUAAUGAAAAGAAAACCGGCAUCCAAAGUAUGACGAUGAAGCUUAAUGCCUGGAUGAAGUUAAAGAACAAGCAUAACGACAAUGAACUAGACGAGAUGCCAUUGGCUGAUCCACCCAUUCCGCCGAAGCACGAAGUGGACAACAAGCACUUUGAUGGCCAGGAAGUCAAAGUGGAGGAACGUUCACAACAUGCGAUCUCAGACGAAGCUUUCAAGGUAAAGCUUGAGGAUGAGCCGGCAAAGAUUGCCAAUUCUACCGAAACUCAGUCCUUGAGAGACAUGAAGAGCAUUCCUAGUAAGCAGGAGAAACUUCAGCUUGAGGUAAAGCCUUCGGUGUAUUUGAAUGAUGACACCCCCACAGAAUAUCGCACCUUGAUUAAGCAGGAGCCAGGCCUUCUUAAGGAGACUGACUGGGCCACCUUUGCGGACAUGAAACCUAUCAAGAAUUGGAACUAUUCAGGCACUAAAAUUGCUACGCUUGAUACAGAGAAUGUGGCCAUCAAGCGAAAAUUGAAUACUGAGAAUACAAGCUUCAGAGGUGGCAGUGGUGGCAAGGUAUCCGACAAACAUCAUAAACCUAUCAAGCAAGAAGAAGAAGAAGAAGAAGAAGAAGAAGAAGAAGAAGAAGAAGAAGACGACACUAGUAUGCUGGCAUGCAUAAAGCGCAGUAAUACUGAGGAUUUGAAGGCUUCUGAUACUGAAAUUCGAAACGUCAAAGUGAGACGUGGUAAUCAUCAGACAGUCAGUCAUCCUAAUGUCGUUAGAAUCAGUGGUACAGGUAUUCAAUCUGACCCUUGGGUGCUCUAA